AUGCCGUCCAGAUCAGACAUCACCUAUUUCGGUGCUGGGCCAGCUUUGCUGCCCACUGACGUCCUCGAGGAAGCUGCCGCGGCGCUUCUCAAUUACAAUGACACUGGCCUUGGAGUUGCCGAACAUUCGCAUCGAUCGCAGAUUGCGGCGACCAUAAUCAAUGAGGCCAAGGCCGAUCUGGUCUCGUACCUGGACAUACCAGACGACUACGAAAUCCUGUUUAUGCAGGGAGGAGGCUCCGGACAAUUUGCCAGCAUGGCAUACAACUUUGUUGGCAACUGGGUCACUCGCAAACAGAAGGAAGUGCAGGGUUCGGAAAGCGAUGAGAGCGCAGUCCCGAAGCUCAAGUCGGCCGUGGAGAAUCUCAAGAUUGACUACAUAAUCACUGGCGGCUGGUCACAGAAAGCAGCGGCCGAAGCCGAGCGACUUUUUGGCCCGGAACAUGUCAACAUCGUGGCUGAUGGCCGUAAAGAGAACGACGGCAAGUUUGGAACGAUCCCGAGCGAGGAUACCUGGAAACUCUCUCGCGAUCAUGCCAUGGUUUUUCUAUGCGACAAUGAGACAGUCCACGGCGUCGAGUUCCCUGGAUUCCCCAAGUGUCUCGAGCCGGGGCCUGACGGACCAAUCGUUGUCGCUGAUAUGAGCUCCAAUAUCCUUUCGAGGAAAAUCCCGGUAUCCAAGUACGCAGCCAUCUUCUUCGGCGCCCAAAAGAACCUCGGAUCGACUGGUAUCACCGUCGUCAUCAUCCAGAAACGCUUCCUCCAACAGCCUUCUGCAGCCUUGAUGAGACAGCUCUCACUACCAGUCCCGCCUCGCAUCCUCGAAUUCGAAACUAUUGCCAAAAACAACAGUCUUUAUAACACAUUGAGCAUUUUCGAUAUAUUUAUCGCGGGUCGGGUGUUGAAGCGCCUGUUACAACAACAUCCCGACAAGGUCCAAGGACAGCAGGUCCUCUCCGACAAGAAGGCUCAACUCAUCUAUGAAGCCCUCGAGGCCUAUCCCGACAUUUACCAGAUCAUCCCCGACAAGACAGUACGGUCACGUAUGAACAUCUGCUUCAGAAUCAAGGGUGGCGAUGCCGUCGAGGAAACAUUCCUCAAGGACGCUGCUGCCUUGGGGCUGACUGGGCUGAAGGGCCACCGCGAGCUCAAAGGCAUCCGAGCUUCCAAUUACAACUCGAUUUCUCUCGAGGGUGCGGAGAAGCUUGCCAAAUUCAUCCGCGAUUUCGCAUCACGGUAG